AUGCCCUUUUUUGUAGUAGUGUUAGCAUCUCAAGUUGGACAAGUUUAUUAUGUGCAUUCACAUAACGAACCACAAUGGUGUGUCGUGAUAAAAACAAUCCCUCGCAAUUUUUACUACUUUACUAUUGAGGAAAUUGAUGAUUCGGAUGAAGAUGGAUAUGAGGAUAUGGAGGGAAUAGAUGUUGGAGUAGUUAACAUAGCUGAUGACAAUGAUAUACCCCUUGAUCCAAGGGUUGACGUCUCACCUACAAUUAUUAGUGCAAGUGAGGAGGAGGAUAUGUUAGAUGAUGAUGAAGAAAAUUCUUUCGAAGAGGAUGAGGAAGAGGAGGAAUUUUGUGAUGACAUAAGUGACGAAGAAGAUUGUGAUGAUGAAAUGCAUGAUGAUAGUGUCUCGGAGAAUUCAGAAUAUGUUUUACAAUGUGGUUUUGUUCUCAUGGACUCGGAGGCUCAUGAUAUUCAACAACAUUUGCACCUACGGAGGCCUAGAAAUGGUCCAUUUCGUGGUCCAAGCAGAGCUAAGAAAUACAAGAAAUUACGACUUAGUCAACCACGCAAGCUGAAGAUUUGUAUUCCAAAAGAACUUGGGGCUGUUGUUGGUGACAAAGCUAAUCAAUUUGUGGCAGAAUGUUCUGACUGGGUGAAGAUAUGUUGCCCUAUUAAUGUUGUAUCUUGGCACUACAUGCCUGAAGACAAGCUAGAUCGACUGUAUGGAACAAUCAAGGACAAAUAUGACCUCCCCCCUGGUGAUCACAUAGAUAGAGCGUUAGAGGUCCAAUGUAUGAGCUUAUUUAGGCAUUGGAGGGAAAGGAUGAAGAAAAAACGUUUUACGGGUAAAGCUCUCAAUACAGCGAUAUCUAAUGUUCCUGAUAACGUGCCUCCUAAUCAGUGGGAAUGGCUUUGUCAUCAUUGGAAUUCAGAUAAACAAAAUAAAAAGAGUGAAACAAAUAAGCUUAAUGCAAAGGCUAACAAACUCAAGUCAACUUGUGGAGCCAAAUCUUCUGCUCGAAUCCUCUUUGAUAUGCAACUUGAAGAAGAGGUUGAUAUGCAAACGCAAAGAGAAAUUGAUUUCCAUCCUGAUGUUGAAAUGGUACCUAACACGGAGGAGAAUAACACAAAUGCUGAACCAUUAUAUAUCAAAGCAUGGACUAAACUAAAGAGGCAUGCAGAUGGGAAUCUAUGUGAUGAGGCUGAAGUAAAGCUUCUGGAGUUCCAACAGUUACAUGAGAAAGAAAUUCAAGAAAAAGGGGUUGAUAACUUGUCAAUUCCUGAAGCAUUUACAAAUGUACUUGGAUACCGUUCAGGCUAUGCUAGGGGCUUGGGUAAAGGAGCUCCAGUGAUACCCAAGAAAAAGAAGAAUGUGGCAAAUCUUGAAUCUGAUGUGCAACAUCUUCAAAACCGCGAAGUUGAGUUAUUAGAAGCUAUGAAAAAGUUAGAAAAUGAAGCUAAUGAAGCGCGAGAAAGGGAAAGACAAAGGGAAGUGGAGAUGAAGAAACGUGAGGAACAACUUCGUGCUGACCUUAAUGAUGAGUGUCAAAAGAAGAUGGAUAUUUUCAUGAACAACUUGCAAGCUAAAUGUUUCAAUCAUCUGGAGUCAUGCCUGAUUGGGGAAACACAACAAUGUAACCAGGAAAGCAAAUACGCCCAUUUUUUGUUUUGUGAUGGCACUUGGUCGGCGCUGAUUUUUUUGAGAUGCAAGGAGAAGAUAUGAUGUUAUACAAAUUUUUGAGAUGCAAGGAGAUGCAUAAUUAAAGACGUGAAUACAACUUUUUAUAAAGUAUACUUCGUAGUAUUAAUUUAACAUAACUUAGUUACAGCUUUUGGGUGUUGCUGAUGGAUGUAAAAGAAGAUGCAUAUAAGUGCUUUGUAUCAAUUGAAAUAUCGAUGGUAUUGAAACUUUUGAUGAAUUUUCUAUACAGGUUGUAAAAGAU